AUGCGCUCCGUUAUGGAUUGCAUGGCCAAAGGAUUGUUGAAAACCAUCCUGGUUGAUCGCGUCUUUGGUGCCCCUCAUGUCUUGGACUCCUUGCGAUACAUGCAGCAGGGCACGCACUUGGGCGAGAUUGUUUUAGAGAUUCGCCACGAGUCUUCAGGCCAGUUUCGGCUAGACGACAGCGCCAUGGAAAUUCCCAGGACACCGGAGGUGGCUUUUGACAAGGACGUUUCAUAUCUUCUGGUUGGUGGCCUGGGUGGACUAGGCCGCGCCAUGUCCGUUUGGAUGGUGCAGAGAGGCGCCAGGCAUCUCACUUUCUUGUCUCGCAGCGCUGGCAGUGGGGAGGAUGAUGCCAACUUUGUUCGCGAGCUUGAGAGCAUGAGUUGCACUGUUCAGCUCGUAAUGGUAGACGUCACAAAGUCUGAACAUGUGGCUCGAGCCGUCCACGCCGUGCCGACACCGCUCAAAGGAGUUGUGCAAAUUUCUAUGGUCCUGUGGGACCAGAUGUUUGACAGAAUGCCCAUCGAGGACUGGAAGACUGUGACCCAGCCCAAGGUUCAGGGCACCUGGAAUCUGCAGGCUACUUGCACAGCCAUCGACCUCGGCACUGUCAAGGACGUGGGAUACUUGUCGCAGAAGAGCAACUCUUAG